AUGAGAGAUGGAAAUGAAAAGGCCCUGGUAGGCUCAGUGCAUCCAUCGCCAGAGAGGAUUUGGGUAGGGCCCGAGCUCAGCGAUCGACAGCUCGGUCAGCACGGCCUCACCCACACGCUGACGGCCUGCCCCGGCGUGCCGCCCAACUCCCUCGUGGAACUGAAGUCAUUUGGCCAACGUCUUUGGGUGCGCACUCCGCUCGAGGACUGGGAACCUGGUACUGCCCUUACCACAUGGUAUGAAGUCGGCGAGGUGUUCCCGCUCUCCGGCAUCCAGGUGGAGCCUUUGCCGCCGAGCUUCUUCACCACCUCCUGUUUGGGCUGGGGUGUCUCCAUUUUUGUCACCCUGGCAUUCUGCACGGCUCUGUGCGUGCUGCCCUAUGUGCUGCUGCCACCCCUUGGCCUUGCACUGCUUAGUUUUGUGCCAGUGCUGGUGUUUGGAUCUUUCGUUCAAGUCUACUUCCAGAAAUCCGUAAAGCUGUCCCAAAUGGCAAUCUCGUUCUUCGAAGCAAUUGCUUGGCUGAUGCCCCUGAUUAGCAUAAUUUUGAUCAUCUACUUCCCACUUGGAUGGCGAGAUUGGGUUAGCGACUGCGAAGAAGUAUCAGAAGCAUCUUUGGCUUCGGAGGUUGAGGUGGAUUGCCUCGGCAAGCGUGCUAUCCAGGCGUACCUGAUGACGGCUUUUCUCGAGGAACUUCUGAAGUAUGUCUGCGUUCGUCGCAUCCUCUGGUUUCCGUUUGUUGCCGACCCUACGGCUCUGUGUUGUUAUGGUGGCUGCGCAGGUCUGGGCUUCGCGGCAUUGGAGAAUGUCUUGUAUGUGGGCACAGGCAGCCUUGCUACAGCUUUGCUGCGAGCGGGGACGGCCGUGCCAAACCACUUGAUUUAUGGCCUACUGCAUGGUGCCUUCCUCUCGGAGCAACGGUUUUCGUUAAAGCAACGCUCCUGCCCGUCCUUCAUCUGA